CAAUUCGUUCAAUAGUCCUUCGGUGUCUGGUACUUUUAGUUUUCGUCUCGAAUCUAAUAACUCUAUCAUCCCUCCUCCAGAUCCCUUUCUACGGAUUGCUGAUUUAGAAUAUCAGCUUUUUCUCCAUAUUCAAGAAAUUCAACAAGUAUCCGGUCCUAUCCUUCCCGAAGAGUUUCUUUCUGACGGAAAUUCUUAG